AUGAGGCUCUCUAAACCCGCCUCAAUUGGCUUCAACACCGCCGCUCGGCGGUCGCUCGCGACGUCAUCACAGCCUUUGCUCAGGACACGAACGCGCGCGACCUCCCAGAUGCUCUACCAGAACUCCCGUCGUACAUACACCGAUGACGCUUCGUCUGCGAAGAGAGCCCAGGUCUUCCGCUACUUGAAAUACGCUUGGCGCCUCACAUAUGUGUCUGCUAUUGCCGGAUCCAUUUAUCUCGCAUAUGGUGUUUAUGAACUCCGGAAUCCUGAUGAGCAAUUGGUGCCAGACCCAAGCAAGAAGAAUCUUGUGAUCCUAGGCUCUGGAUGGGGCGCCGUAUCUCUGCUCAAAAAGCUCGACACGGAAAACUAUAAUGUCACGGUCAUCUCUCCUCGAAACUACUUCCUCUUCACACCUCUCUUGCCAUCAUGUACAACCGGUACGGUCGAGCAUCGAUCGAUUAUGGAGCCUAUCCGAAGUAUAAUUAGACACAAGAAAGCGGCGGUGAAGUUCUAUGAGGCAGAGGCAACCAAGAUCGAUCCGGAGCGAAAGACCGUCUUGAUCAACGACAACUCUGAUAUCAAGGGUGAUACUAGCACAACUGAAGUUCCCUAUGAUAUGCUGGUUAUCAGUGUUGGUGCCGAGAACGCCACUUUCGGUAUUCCUGGCGUAAGAGAACACUCGUGCUUCUUGAAGGAAAUUGGCGACGCCCAACAAAUUCGCAAGAAGAUUAUGGACUGUGUAGAGACUGCAACCUUCAAGGAUCAAACACCGGAAGAGGUCGAGCGUCUCCUGCAUAUGGUGGUUGUGGGCGGUGGGCCAACUGGUGUUGAGUUCGCCGGUGAACUUCAAGAUUUCUUCGACCAGGAUAUCAAGAAGUGGGUGCCCGAAAUCAGCGACAAGUUCCGUGUAACCCUGAUCGAAGCUCUCCCUAACGUCCUCCCCAUGUUCUCCAAGCAGCUUAUCGAUUACACUGAAUCGACUUUCAAAGAGGAGAAAAUUACCAUCAAGACCAAGACAGCUGUGAAGAAGGUAACUGAGAAGACUGUUGAGGCUGAGGCAACUGGCCCCGAUGGAAAGAAAGUAACGGAAGUCAUGCCCUACGGUCUUCUUGUCUGGGCCACUGGAAACGCAGUCCGUCCCAUUGUUAAAGACCUCAUGUCCCAGAUUCCCGCACAGAAAGACUCACGGAGAGGUCUUGCUGUCAACGAGUAUCUUGUGGUGCAAGGUACCAAGGAUAUCUGGGCUACUGGCGACUGCGCCGUCGCUGGGUAUGCGCCAACUGCCCAAGUAGCUUCGCAAGAAGGUGCUUUCCUGGCUCGUCUCUUCAACAAUAUGGCCAAGAGCGAAGCUGUCGAAGCGAAAAUCGCUGAGCUGAGCCAAACACUCAACCUUCAGCCUGGAGAUACAGCGGCGAUUGCAAAGGAGAUCGAGACGCAUGAGAAACAACUGAGAAGAAUUAAAGACAUCAAACCAUUCCACUACACUCACCAGGGCUCCUUGGCCUACAUUGGAAGUGAGAGGGCCGUCGCUGAUGUCAGCUGGUUGAAUGGAAACUUUGCUACUGGUGGUCAAUUGACUUAUUUGUUCUGGAGAAGUGCCUAUCUGAGCAUGUGCUUUAGCACUCGCAACCGUGUCCUAGUCGUGCUUGACUGGCUGAAGUCAAAGGCAUUCGGUCGUGAUGUCUCCAGAGAAUAA